AAAAUGUAUACGUCAAAAGAAAAAACUGAAAACAGUGAAAGCAAAACAGAAAUUGGCUGGGUGAAAAACAAAAAUAAAUAUAUUAAAUAUUACCUUGUAGCGUUACAAUUGUGUUGAUUUAGAUUUAUUCGUUUGCAUAAGUUUCGAAGAUGUAAAAACAAGGGUCCAAAAUAUUCCAUUUUUAUAGGAGUUUGAUAAAAUAUCAAUUGAAAACAAGACGUGAUGUCAGCGGCCCAUAAAUAAACCAGACACGACAAGGUCUGCAUAAUCGUUAUAACAACAACAGUCAGUCAUUUGCAUAGAAGUAUUCAUGGUAACUUUAGAAUUUAUAUUCUAAGAAGUGAGAAAUAGCACAGCAAAAUUCAUGAUGAGUGGGAUUCAAACUGAAAACGUAAAUUUAAAUUGGGAAUAUGAAGUUAUAGAUGAGACAAAAAUUCCUUUAGCAGAAAACAUGGAGAUUGCUGCACUUCAGCACAACACUUCAGAUGGGUCGGAAAUAUCUGCUGUAGGUGGGACGAGAAAUUCCGGUUUAGCAUAUGACUCCGGGAAUUACUCUGCCAGUUCAAACAACAGCGAAAUGUCGUGCCCAUUUCAGAUGGAGCUAAAUAAUCAUUGUCAGCAUAUUCAUAAUUUGCUGAAGGAGCGAGAUCAAGCGCUGUUCAGUGCUAUGCAAGAUGUUCGAAAGCUGCGCAGCGAACUUGAGCGGCUAAAUAAAUCGGAAGAUUGGUAUAAAAAGGAGUUGCGGGCACAAAAAAAUACGCGGUUGGAGGCGCUUGAACGAAUAUAUGCGCAAGAACGUAAAUAUAUGCAAGAGAAUCAACGUUUACAACGCGAAUGUGUGCGUCUGUAUGAAAAAUGCGGCGAUUUGGAAAAGGAGCUGCAAGCGAAACGAGAUAAAGCUAUGCAAAAAUUAGUGGAAGAUGAGCAGCUGACAACUGUGAGCGAUAAAACUGAUGAGCUGUUAAACAAAUUUGAACUGGAACAACAACGUUCAUUAGUUAAUGACCAGGAAAAACUAAUCAGUGUUCUACGUAAGCAAAAACAUGUUUUGCUUGAGGACUUGAGAAGAUUGAAUGCGGAAAAAGAUGCAAAAGUAUUGGAUCUGCAGGAAACACUUGCUGGUGUCGAGGUUGAAAAUACUCAUAUGACAGCACAGUGUAAACGUUUGUUACUUGAAAGGCAAAUAUUAGAAGGCACGCUAAAAACGAAAGAUGAAGCGUUAAAUGCAGAAAUCGCUGAGAAGCUAAAAAUGACAAAUUUGAUUGAGGAGCUAAAAGAGCAGAGCAAAACACAGCAGGAAUUGCUAGCGCACAAAGAAAUUGAAAUGCAAGAGCUGCAGCGGCAUUUCAAUGAGAAUAUGCAAAAUGAAAGAAAUAUGGAUGAAGUGCAUCGAUUGAGUAUCGCUUAUCAUGACGAAAUCAAUGCUAAAACCUCUGAGAUAUCGUCACUAAAAAAAUCUUUAUAUGCGCUUCAGAUAGAAUUAAAUACUUUGACCGAUUUGCAAUCGCAGAAUGAGGCGCAGUCGCGACACAUAGAUCAACUCAACUUCUCACUAGAAACACAAAAAUGUGAGCUAAAAAAUUUAAAGCAAACGGACGAAGAAAAGACACAGCAAAUAUCUGAGUUACAGCAGAAUUUGGAAAAAAUUCGCACGCAGCAUGACAUUACGCUUGAGCAAAUGAGUGCUGAACAAUCUAGUUUAAAGAGUGUCAAGCGGGAAUUGAUUGCUCUGCAUGAGCAAUAUGCUAGCAUGUGUGCGCUCUGUGAAAAAACGCGUUUCGAAUUGGAGAUUCUCGAAAUCGAAAAUGGAAAGCUGAGAUUCCAAUCGGACGGUGACAAACAUGAAAUCGACGCGCUGAGGACAAAAUUGAAAGAAUACCUUAAACAUACAGAGGAUUUGGGCAUGAGAAUAAAUGAGCUUGAAGCAAAAUUGCACAGUGCAACCGUGCGAAAUGAGGAAUUAGAAGCGAAAUUGGUGCAGUUCGUGAAAAGUAACGGAGCACAGGAUCAUUGCAGUAACGAAAAUCAGCAAAUAAUAAUUGUACAGGCAAAUAAAGCGCUGAGCGAUCGAUUAAGCGAGGAUAAUAAUAGUUUUAAAACUUGCGAAGGCAGCCCAACUGAUUUAGGAAGCAUAAAUGAUAAUGUGCAUGAUGAUAGUGGGUUUUUGGAAGCUAACAACGAUAGCCUAAACGAAUGUGUGGACAAAGCAAAAGCUAAGCCUGAUUUACAGUGUACAAGGGAUUCAGAUUGUGCCACUAUCACAGCUGUAAAUGAGACCCUUAUGCAACAAUUGAGUCGCCAAAGUGAAAUUUUAAAAGAGAGACAAAUAUUAAUCGGUGCUUUGGAGGAGCUUAUUUGUAAUGGCACGGCAGCACUAGAUAACGGUCCUUCCAUCACAACUAGUGUUGAAGACAAUCGGCCGUUUGGUGAAUUAUCGGAGCGACAACAACAACUGAUGGAAUAUUUGAAUUCUCAAAGUCUGUUGAUUGAGGAGAAACGAAAACUUUUGGAAGCUUUUGAAUCUCUAGUCAAUGAAAAACCCGGUCCACAUGAAAAAUCACACGACAUUCAAAAUAUUUCAAAUAUUAGAAAAAUCAUCGAUGAAAGCAGAAAACUAAAAAUUGUAAAUACGAAAAAAGCCGAUGUACAAAUGAACACAAACAUAAAAGACAACAUUGAAAGAGUUACAGUUUAUAGCAAAGAGUUAGAGUAUUUGCAAAAGCAAUUACUGGAAAAUGACGAAAGGCAUUUAAAAGACAGUAGCGAACAAGCGCGACUACAUAACAUUCAAAUGAGGAACUGCGAAGAAACCAUUCAUCGUCUUCAAACAGAGAAUGAACGGCUAAUAAACGACAUGCAAAGCUUGUUGGAAGCAAAAUUUCAAAUUGAAAAUGCGCUUGAAAAGCAGACACAAUUGAUUGUUCAACUGAAAAGUAAGUUGUCCAUACUUGAAGUAAAUGAAAACACAACCGAAGCUAGCAACACACCGGAACUAUUACCACACGAAAGAGAUGAACUUCUGCGUUUGCGUGCCAAUGUUGAGGAGCUUGAAAAGCGUUUGGAGGCAGCUAUGCAGCAUGACGAAGCCCGACGCAACGAAAGAGUCCGUCUCAUACAACAGCUGAUAGAGCAGCAAAAUAGCAAAGUGAAGCAGCUAACGGAAUCUCAAGAAGACUGGGAAGAGCUGCUUACUUCGCUACAAGCUGCACAAAAAUUAGAGGAUAAUGCGAGAGCAGAGUUGCAGAUGAAAAACGACGAGCUGGAGGAGCUGAAUGCGCUAUUCGCCGAGCAGAAUGUAGAGUUGAGGCAACUCCAAGAAAUUACUUUGCUUGCGAAAAGCAAUGAAAAACCAAACGAAAAUGCACAACUGCAAUUAACAUACCAAAAGGAGUUCGAAACAAUGCAAGCUAGUCUCAGUGCUCAAUUCGCCGACAGCGAAGCAAAGCAGCACCAAAUUGAGGAAUUACAAGGCAAAAAUGAGCGUCUUGAACGUCAUCUCAAUGAAGAUUACGCCGAAGAAAUGGCAAAAAAUCAGCGACAGUUGCGAGCUUUGCAAAUAAAAAUGGAAAAUCUAAAAACAGAACGAAAUCAUUAUGCUGCACGUCUGACGGAAAUGGAGACAGAAUUGCAACAAUUGAAGAAGAGUAAACGCGAUGGACUGGUGUUGCCACCAGAAUUUGUAGUACUUCCUAAAAACACAAUACACACUUGCACCGAUGAAGCAACAUCCUCCUCAACCGAUGCAAAUGGAAACUCCAGCGCCAGCGAAUCAGAUAGCAACGAACGCAUGCGUAUACUCACCAAAGUACUCGAAGCGGAGUAUAAGCGAAAAAUGAAGCGCUACGACUUGCACAUACACACGCUCUUGGCCAAUAUCAAAAAGUUAAAGAAGGCUCUGCGUGCGACCGAGCAGCGGGCCGCACAAUUGACACUCGAACAGUGUAAGACGUUGGAAGAGCUGCGCGAACUGCGUUUGACGCGUAGGCAGCUGGAGGAGAUGCGUUUGAAGUGCGAGCAUAACCAAAUCACAAUUAAAGCGCUCGAACAGGCUCUAGAAAUGGAGCGCAAAAAAUUUGAGGCUUCCGACUUGGGCAAGGCAGCGAACAUUGAACGCGACUCGGCUGCGGAGGAAGUGCGAACGGAUGAGCCGGCGCAUGAGGUAGCCAAUUUAAUAGAUGAUUAUAAAAAGUUAAUUCAACAAUCGGCGUUAGCUACACGUCGACCGAAGACCAGCACCAUACUGGAUCUCAUUCAACGUAGCAAUCAAUGUGUGCCAAAUUUACAUAAACUGGACGCCACAGUCGACGGCUUGCGCAGCGACUUGGAACACUUUAUUAGCGCGCAUACAAGGAAUAUGCGUCAAACUUCAAGUGCUAACAAGUUGGAUGGGCCCUCGCUGUUGGAUGAGCUGCGUGCUGCAACUGAAAGUUACUAAAUUUUUAGUAAAUCUUUAUUAUUAGUGGUUUAAACUGUGAACGCGUCUGCACAGAAUCACUCCUUUAUAUCCUACUUUUGCUUUCUGUGCAUAAAAUGCAAACAAACAUUGCCAAAUUAAGUUCAACUAUUUCUAUAUUUACUUAUUUAAUAGUAUUUUUAUAAGCUGUUUUCAGUUCUUGUAUGUAUAUUUAUUUGUUGAUUUCGUUUUAUAUUUAUUCAUAAAGUACUUUUCUUUAUUUACACCUAAAUACAUUUUUCUGCAUACUCGAGUUAUUCUUGCAAAAAAAUGUAUAUCCAGUUAAUUGCCAAACGACCAAAUAAUCGAUGUUGACUCUAAUAAAAAUUGCCUAAAUCUGAUCUUUUGCAAA